AUGUCGUCGUCGUCCCCGACGCUGCGGGCGCUCGGCGGCGCGUGGCGGCGCGCGCGGGAGGCGGUCUCCUUCUCCUCCACCCGCGUGCGUCACAAGACCGGCGCGCACCUCCACCGGAUCGACAACUACUCCGGGACGAUGUCGGCAGCCCUCCCCGGCCACCACAUCGAGUCGGCGCCGUUCGUCGUCGGCGGCCACGAGUGGAAGCUCCACUUCUACCCCAACGGCGCCGACGAGUCGGCGUCGGCGUCACCCGGCCGCGCCUCCGUGAAGCUCGUCUACAGGGGCUACCCCUGGUGGCGGCCGGCGCUCCUCCACUUGUUGAGGCCGCGGGACGUGACGGCGGCGUACGAGGUGAGCGUCCUCGACAGCGAGGGGAACCGGGUGUUGAGCAGGGCAUUCCGGCCGCGCCGCUUCUCCGCCUGGUGGCACGAAGACGCUGAGAACGUGGCCACGGCGAAAGAGCUGAGGUCGGCGGCGAUGCGGGGCGGGAAGGAGGACGGUGGGAUCGUCGUCCGGUGCGACGUCACCGUGAUGAAGCUCGAGAAGGAAUCAAGCGUCAGGUGGUACCUUCGUCAGUUAGUUAGCAAAUUUUAA